CAAUUGUCUAUCUUACUCUAUUUGUUCACAUAUCCUUCUCUCCUUUCCUUCUUUAUAUAUAUAAUCAUGUCAUCAAUUUCUAAUAAACAUAGCGUUUACUUGAAACUCAUACUAAGGAAACAUGGGAAGAGCACCUUGCUGUGACAAAGCCAAUGUUAAAAAAGGUCCAUGGUCGCCAGAAGAAGACUCUAAACUCAAAGCUUAUAUCCAACAACAUGGCACUGCUGGCAAUUGGAUAGCUCUUCCCAAGAAAAUAGGCCUCAAAAGAUGUGGAAAAAGUUGUCGUCUUCGAUGGCUAAAUUAUCUUCGUCCAAAUCUUAGACAUGGAAGAUUCUCAGAAGAAGAAGAUAACAUUAUUUGCAGCCUCUAUGUCAAUAUUGGAAGCAGGUGGUCAGUUAUAGCAGCGCAGUUACCAGGACGAACAGAUAAUGAUAUAAAAAACCAUUGGAACACAAGGUUGAAGAAGAAACUUUUAACAAAUCAAAGGAAUGAGCAACAAUCUCAAAUCAAGAGAGAAAAUACUUGUUCUAUCCAAGACUAUAAUAAUAAGCUUAAGGAAGUUGAGUUGUAUGGUAAUCAUCAUCAACUGCAGGCAGUGAAUAGUAACAUAUACUUCCCAGAAGAUCAACUAUAUUAUCCAUCCACAAUGAAUAACAUAACCUGUGCAGGGUUGUCCUAUGUGAACCAGCAAGAAAAAGAUAAUGGAUCAGCGAACUUGAAUUCAACAGAAAGCACUAGUUGGGGGGAUAUGAGGUCUUUGAUUAACUCACCUUUGGUUUCUGAUUAUGAAGGUUGUCAACAAGAUGUUGUUAGUUUCGAUGAGUCUAUGUUCUAUGGAAUGAUUCAAACGCAAUAACACUUCUUUGACUGCAUAUAUACUGGUUGUUUACUUGUUUUCGUUUGCAUGUUUUGUUUAAUAUUUUUGUAAUUUCCAUAAAUAGCUUAUCUGAAAAUUUGAUUUCUUUGUAGUUCAAAAAUAAA